AUGGACCCAACUUUCUCAGUAACAGAGCUAUCAGAGGUAGAACUGCAGGAACUCCGCAAAACCGAUGCCUGGCUCCCCUCAGAAGCGACGCGUCGGUGCUUGCUAGAGGGUGGCAGCGGUGGUUUAGCCUCCACCGCUCCACGUCUUCUUGCUCCACCCUCACCAAUCGAUACGGCCGAUCCGAUUCACCGACAACUUGUCAACCGCUAUCGAUCGGAUGUGCGUGCCAAUGCCAUUCGUCCCGUUAUUACUGCUGAUAUGGUCUCGCAGGACUGCGAUGGUCUCGUUCAACUUAUUAAGGGUCGAUGGUACCAUGCUGCAUUAGAUUUAACAGGUCGCCUCCUAACUAUUUGCGGUUUCGCCUCUGACACCGGGGCUAAGCUGACCCCAUUCUCGUCGCAGCUCUGGCUAGUGCGCUUCGUGCUCUUGAAACAGACCCGGCAGUUCGACCUGCUGGAACGCGAACUGGCCGCUUUUGAUAGGCUGGACAAUCCUGACGUCUACUUUGAACAUGCACCAGACCUAUAUCCCCGUCGUAAAGUUUUAUCUGCGUCUAUAGGUUCAAUGAUCCCCUUCUCAUUACGACUACUUCACGCGGAGUUGCCGCACCAUUUAAAUCGGUCAGGAGAGGCUCUUGAUCGCCUCUAUUUCCUUGCUGCUGUCGUGGCUCGAGUGAUCAGCAACCUGGAAAAUGGCUACACCGAGGAUGGAAGUGAGAGCUAUCCAAACGAAGCCUAUAAAAUCAGCUCAUUGGUGAUAUGGAGACGUAGGGAGAGCAAAAUCCUGGCUAUCUGUCUGUCAAUCUAUCUUGCCAAUCAGGAUUAUCCCUCUGCCAUCGAAACAGUUUAUCAAAUGAUCGAUAAGUUGGAACCCUUGGGAGAACACAGGUUCCUCUACGGGACUUUGGGACGCAUAUACCUGGGGAUGGGAGAUGUGGAUUCAGCUGAAGAAAUGUUCAAGGAGGCCUUGAAAGAUGCCUCACCCGAUCUGACUACUACGAGAAUUCAAUGGCUCAUGUACAGUGCUAUGCUUCAAAUCGGCAGCGGUCAUUUUGACGAGGCUAAAAGACUAUUUCGUGAGGUGUUAGAGUUGGAUCCAUCAAAUGUUGCAGCCGCCAACAAUCAGGCAGUGUGUUCCCAUUACAUUGGCCAAAUGGAUGAGAGCCUGCGUAUUCUGGAAGUUCUGACGACACCAGCGCAAUAUCAACAACAGCAACAGUUGAAGAUAGCGAAAGGUGAAACGGCGUCGCAAUCCCUAUUGGAGGGACCUGCGCUGCACGAAGCGAUAGUGUCAAAUUUAUCGAAUCUCCUUGAUGCUGAGUCGGACCAUGCGACCACCCGAAAAAUGAGCCUCCUUGAGCGCGUUGCUACGCUGCCAGGUGAACGCGUGGCUCCAACCGCAUUCAAGCUUAAAUUGGCUUAG